GGAAGGAAGGAAGGACUAAUGUAUCGUUAGAAAGCUCCGCUUUUGGGGCGUCGUUGAGAACAUUGAUACAGACGCACUGUACACAGUAAAACAUCUCAUGAUAUAUAAAUGACAAUUGUAUGUUCCACAGGGCUAAACCUGCCGUACGGCAGCGGAGUUGUGCUGGUAAGGGAAGGGUGGAAACUGCACCAGUCCAACACCGCGCACAAACAGGGGAGUUACCUGUACCACCCCGGUAUACAGUCAGCAGGGGACGACACACAGGUGUCGCCGUGUGACCUGUCUUUCGAACUCUCCACCCAUUUCCGAGGCCCGAGAAUGUGGUUCCCGCUGAAACUGUUCGGGGUGGGAACUUUCCGCGCCAUGCUGACAGAGAAACUUCAGCUGGCGAAAUACUUCUACCACAGAGUACAGGAAAUCCCCGGAGUCGAAGUCCUGCAGGAGCCAGAGCUCUCCGUGGUCGUCUUCAGGUACACGGGCGCCCCUGGCGGACUGGAGGAGAACAACAGGCUGAACAGACAGCUCCUACAGGAGAUGAUCCGUGAUGGCGGCGUUUAUCUGUCCUCCACAACUCUCAAGGGCACGUUCUACCUGCGGAUCUGCGUGCUCGGCUUCCGGACGCACCUGGAACACCUGGAUACCUGUCUGGACAUCCUGCACAAGGCUCUCAGGAAGGUGAAAACUUCCCUGUCCGAGGCCAAGGAGUCUAGCUGAAGGGUUGUGGCUUGUAAGCGGCUAUUGACAGGAUCAUCCUGUCAACAGUGCAAAAUUCCCCAUUAUUGACAGGACCAUCGAAGAAGUCUCUGAGAAAGUGUAAACUUCCCUGUCGUACACAUAUAAGAAAUUUUUAUUGUGCAGAAAAGGAAGUUCAUUAACAGCAUGAUCCUGUGAUUCCUGUCAAUAGCGGGAAAAUCCUGUUAUUGUCAAGAUGGUCCUGUCAAUAGUGCCCACUGUAUGCACUGAUGACAGCUCAAUAUGUUAUGACAGUGAAACAAUAUGUUAUCGACAGGAUGAUAUUGUCAGAAGUGGGAAAAUAUGCACUGUUGAUAGGAUGAUCCUGUCAAUAGGCUCGGGCCUGUGGGUUUUGUUUGAAUAUCCCAGCAUUCCAUUGGUACCUUUUUU